GUGAAAUGAAAAAAAAUUCUUGCUAGAGUGAUACGGUGUGUUUAUGUUUAAAAACCUCAAUAUACGUUCAAGCCAAGCAGUUCAGUAAUUAGUCUGCAAAGUGCAUCGAUCAUGCGCGGCGGUAUAUAAACUUUAGAUGAGCGCUCAUUGAUUCCAAAUUAUUCACCCGAAAAUAACACGUGCGUAUAUAAGUAAUAUUAUAAAAAAUUGGUUCGCGAUCGAAUUCGCUGUGAGGAAGGAUUCAAUAUAGUUUUGACAAUUGUAUCCAUCGGUUACCGAAUUAGUACAGUCAUUAGUAUAUAUGAAGAAUUGUUGUUAAUCAUAAAUUCUAAUUCUAAAUCGAGGAAAAUUUCAAAUUAUUUUUACGUUUUGUAAAUUUAAAGAGAUAAAUUGGGUGGUUACAAAUGUUUCAAAAUAUAAUUUGACGGUUUUAUUGUCGUAAUUUGUGAAACAUAAGAAUGAUGGUAAUAAAAACCGGAAAUUUUUCUAUUUAAUGAGUAAAGUGUUUCUCGGCGUAUUUUUUCUUCUUCUUAAUUUAUGUGCAGUUUACAUUAUUAAAUGAAUGACUUGAUAAAGAACAUGAAUGGGAAAAGUUUUUAAAAGAAAUUUUUGUGUAUAUCGUGUACGUGUUUUUUAUUUUUCCUACAGUCCGUGGCUUUUAAAUAAAAAUAAAAAUAAAAAAAAACCGAAAAAGUCGAAUAAUCUUGUACGCGGUUUGUUGAUAUUUACAAACAAAAAUUAUAGUUUUCUGAAUUAUAAAUGCAUGUUAUACACACACUUUCCCAUCUGGAUUGUUUGAAUUUGAAAUUCUUUCGGUGAUUAUAAUUUUACACGACCUGAACGCACUAUAAAUCAUAACUUCAUAUAUAUGUGAUAAUCCGAUGCAUUUAAUUAAAUGAAUGUUUUCGAAAUUUUAUUACGCAUCGCCUAAUUAUAAAAUAUGCAAAUGCAUAUUCCAGUGGUUCCGAGCUUUGUUUUUAAUUGAAGAUCGCACAACAAAAUCACCAGUAUCAGCGACCAUUAUACGAAUACAAGAACUACAACUACAGCUACAACAUCAAUCAAUACAACCACUCGAAAAAUAAUUUUAGUAAUUAUAAGAAGCCUUACUGUACGUCUGCCUAUACUGACUAUCCCGAGAAGCCAAUUAAAAUGCAACGGGAGGAAAUUAUAAUCGAACAUAGUCAAUUAGUUUUAAAUGGAAAUGGUGCAACAAACGAGAAUGUUGGCCAUCAUAGAUCACAUCAUUAUACACAGAUAAUUGCUGCAUUAGCCGUUUCACUGGGGCCCUUGGCAGCUGGCUUAUCAAAAGGAUAUUCCAGUCCAGCAAUAGCCAGCUUACAAGAGCUACAAAUUAGACACCGAGGAAAUUCUACGUUUACCUUAACCGACCAACAGGCCAGCUGGGUCGCUAGUUUAUCUCUAUUGGGUGCAUUAUUUGGCGGAAUGUUUGGCGGGGUAGCUAUGCAAUACGGACGACGACGACUUUUAACAAUUAUGUCACUACCAUUUUCGCUAUCAUGGAUAUUAACUGUAUUCGCCAAAUCAGUUGAAACAAUGUUUGCAACAGCAUUUCUAGGCGGCUUUUGUUGUGCCAUUGUCAGUAUGGUGACACAGGUUUAUAUAAGCGAGAUAUCAUCACCAGAUAUUCGGGGAUUCUUAAGUGCAAUACAGAAAAUUGCCGGUCAUUUAGGUAUUUUAAUAUCCUUUUCUCUUGGAGCAUAUCUCGAUUGGAGACAAUUGGCUAUGCUGGUCUCGGUAGCACCUAUCAUGCUGUUUGUAACUGUGAUUUAUGUACCCGAAACUCCUAGCUUUUUAGUAUUAAAAGGUCGUGACGAAGAGGCAUACAGGUCACUUCAAUGGCUGCGUGGACCGCACAAAAAUGUAGAACUCGAAUUAGAAACGAUACGAUCAAAUAUCAGGGCAUCAAAAAUUAAUGCAGGUAGAUUUUCAACAAUCACCACCAACAAUUUUAUGACAAAAGCGUCAAUGGAAACAAUCUAUAAGAAUAUUAAGGCAUUACUACAAAAUGCCAGGCUGCUCAAACCCGUAUUGAUAACAUGUGGCCUUAUGGUGUUUCAACGAUUUACAGGUGCCAAUUCAUUUGGUUUCUAUGCAGUGAAAAUAUUCCGUCAAACAUUCGCCGGUAUUAAUCCACACGGAGGUGCUGUCGCUGUUGGUUUCGUCCAAUUAUUAGCUUCCAUGUUGUCGGGCUUGUUAAUUGACACAGUUGGACGUAUUCCACUUCUAAUCAUUAGCAGUGUGUUCAUGUCACUGGCACUGGCUAGUUUCGGAUCGUAUGUCUACUAUGAACAAGCCAAUAAAUUAAUGGCAACGACUAAUUUUGACGUGGACACAUCGUCGGUGAAUAGUGACUGGAUUCCACUGUUGUGUGUUCUUGUAUUUACGAUUGCGUUUUCAUUAGGAAUUUCUCCGAUAUCAUCGUUAUUGGUCGGGGAAUUAUUUCCAUUAGAAUACCGAGGAAUUGGUAGCUCAAUUGCAACGAGUUUCAGUUAUUUCUGUGCAUUCCUCAGCGUAAAAACGUUCGUUGAUUUUCAGGAAUCAAUGGGACUGCACGGUGCAUUUUGGUUGUAUGCUUGCAUUUCAUGUGUCGGUCUCUUUUUUGUGGUGAUGUUUGUACCGGAGACAAAGGGAAAGGAUUUAGACGAAAUGGAUCCGAAAUACGUGCAAACAAUGACUAUAAAUCGAUGAGAUAUGGGAACUCACGUAGAAUAUUUAGUGUAGCGAUAAGUGUAGGCUUUAGUUUUUAAAAUGUAAGUAGACAGUUAAUAAUAUGUGAAAUGUUGUGAGCUAAUUUUGUAUGAUUUUCUUAGCGUACACGUCGAUGUACCAUUCAAACAAAGAAUUUUAUUUUGUUUAACUUUAAGUUUGAUGUUGUUUUGAGACGAUGAAAAUAUCACUCACGUUUUUAAGCGAAUAAAAACCACUGCGACGAUAUUUUUAUUUAGCGACUACAGUCUCUGUAGAGCAAAUGCGUAUGCAUAAGCUUCACAAAAUAUUCUAUCGAUUUUUAGCGCCUUAAAAAUCCCAUUUCUCUGUUUGAAUGAAAUUAAAAUCAAGUCCAAUUAAAUGCGUUCAUGUUUAAAAUGCCGAUAAAAAUGUUUUCAAUUUGCGCACAUUGUUGAAAACGUGUUUUUAACACGCAAAAAUAUUUUUUAUUCUUGAAAUUAAUUUUUAAAUUAAUGAUGUUCCUUCCACGCACAUAAAAUAUGUAAAUACAAAUAAUAAUAGUAGACACUACAUAAAUGGACCGCCUGAUUAUCUCCCCACAUGAACACAUAUUAAAUGCCCAUCAAUUCGGUUCCAUUUCCAUUCCUACCUCCACGGCGACGUUUAUCACGUUCGUUUUGUAUGCGAAAUGUAUGUACUUAUAACGACCUGGCAGAAUCGUAUUUACGAUAAUUUUAAUUUGAAAAUGUAAAUAACUAGUAAUAAGUUCUACGAAAGAAAUCGAUGUGAUCCAAUGGAUCUAAUCCAGUAUAUCGGACGCGAAGAAAAUGCGAGUCAAUAGUUACAAUAGUCAAAAAUCUACAGUUUUCCUUGAUGAUAAAAAAAUUGAGCUGACGAAACUAGAAAUUAGAGAAAAUGAUAGAACUCAAACUUCGUGAGUUGAAAUAUAAUAUAUUUGAGACAAAGUCAAACACAAGAUGCAAUUUCCAACAUUCGAUUUCUUUACCCAAUAACUGUUUAUAACAAUGUUCACCAACAUUUUACGAGCGGCUAUGCCGUUCUGUUAUCGGUCAUCUGGUUAUUGCAGAUUUAUUUGAUUGUAGAAAUGAAGUAAAAGAUUUUGGUUCUCGAUCUGUUGAAAAUACCUGCACGAUGUUGUAAAAGCGGAUUUGAAGCCAAAAAUUACGUGGCGUCAAAGCAGCAACAGAAGGUAAAAUUCUACGAUUCUGGUAAUAUGAUUGCCGUCUAUGAUAGAUUCUAGUUAAAAUCGGAAGUUGAGUUAUCAUACUUGACUUUCAGUUCGUUGAUGCUUUCAGGACCGAAAUUACUUAGGUUUAUUUGCUUUAACAUUUUCACGAAUUUCUUUUUUGUAGAAGCUAGUAGAGUAACGCUUUAAACUCAAAUCGUCUAGCUCAAUUGAUGUGAUUAGAAAUUAAAAUGAAAGAAGAAGAAGAAGAAAAAAAAUAAAAAUUUUAAGCCUUUUCGAAACGGCUAGGCAUCUGUUAUCGAACUCGAUGACAAUAAUAAGUGAUGAGGUCUUGCUUGCAUCCCCUUAUAAAGCAGUAUACGUUUAAACAAACGAAGUAAAAGAUUUUUAGCAAUCACGUAUCGCAAUAUUUAAAGUAAAAGAAGAGAUAUAUUUAAAGCACUGUAUAGUGAUGUGAUUGCCGUUAAGAAAAGGUCCACAGUAAAAAGAAAGUCAUUUUUUGUGUAGACUUAAAAUCAAUUGGUCAUCUAAUACAGAAAUUAAAUUUUAUAUAUUCUAGCCUAGUUGACAUUUAAUGAAAAGAUAAAAAAAACGUGUUCUUGUUUUGAUGACAUAUCAAAUUUCCUCUCUAUUACCUCCUUCACCAAUACAAAACCUAGUAUCCUAAUCAAUUUUAAGAUUUUAAUAAACAAACAAGUGAAAAAACAAUUAAAAGUUUAACGAGCAAAAACAAAAGUUCGAUUCAUCCAGUAAAAAGAAAAUAAUAAAUAAAUGAAAAAUACAAAACUGCAAAGCCCAUUGAAAAUAAUGAAAAUAAAAUGAAUAAAUUAGUGCUUUCAAAUUCAAAUUUAGUGACAACGCGCUUAUGUACAGUUCAAUUAUUUUGUAAAAAAAAGAAGAUAUGAAAAUCGCAUUAGAAAUUAGGGGAAAAAAAAGAAAAUUAUUGAAAAUGAUGAACAUAAUGAUGAAUGACAUAAAAUUGCCUAAAAAAAGUAUAAAAAAUAUUUUUAAAAUCAUUAAAAAAAAAAACAAAAAAAUUAAAUAUUAUAAUCGAGCGACACAAUAUAUCUAAACGAUGAAGAAAAUCAAUUAAUGAACAGAAAGAAAAAAAUAGCUUUAGAUGUUUAGUAUAUAUAUAAAUAUUGUAGAAGAAAAACAAAAACAAAAGAAAUGAUGAAACUAUAUGACAAUAUUGACAAUAAAUGAAAAAACCAUAUGAUUAUUUAUAAAAGAUACAUAUAAAAAAUUAGUAAGAUAAUAAUCGAGUAUAUAAUAAAAGAAACAAAAUUUUUAAAUUAUUUAAGAACAAUCGACUUUAUUAAAACAAAAUAAGUAAAUGAACGACAAUAAUUUUAUUAGCAAAUAAAUUAAAUUCGACGAUACUUGUGAAUCCAUUUACAGAAUCAAUUUCACCAAUUAAACUCUUUUUCAAGAAGAAACCU